CUCCUUUCAGUCCAACCUGCUCACCUUUCAGCUACACAGAAAAUAAGAUUUACAUCACAAACUGACAACAUGCUGGGGAUCGUCUGCAGUCUCAUCACUGCUCUAACAUGUGUUGAUGCAGCGAUAACAUUGACCCAGGAUCCUGUUGUCACAGUCUCAGCAGGACAACAAGUUGUUCUAAACUGCAACAUUCAGAGAUAUGAUAGUAAUUAUGUCAGAUGGUACAAACAAGUUCCCAGUGGAGUUCCUCAGUAUGUUCUCCGUUUUUGGCACUAUGACAGUUCACUUGUCUUUGGAACAGGAUUCUCUUCAGACCGAUUCAACUCUAAAUCAUCAUCAAACAUUGAUUAUCAGUUCAUUAUUAAGCAGACAGAAGCAGGAGACUCUGCUCUGUAUUUCUGUCAGACAUUUGAUGACUCUGCAUCUGAAGAUGUAUUCGGACCAGGAACCAAGCUGAUUGUCACAGGCUCCACUCUCCCUCCUCCUGUCCUGACCGUUUUCCCUCCAUCCAAGGCUGAGCUCCAGUCCAACAAAGCCACUCUGCUCUGUCUGUCCACUCAGUCUGGACCUUUUGCUGAUGUGAACUGGUUGGUUGAUGGGAGUCCAGUAAGCAGUGGGAUCUCUACCAGCACUGCUGUUCAGAAACCAGACCAGACUUUCCACAUCAGCAGUUCUCUGUCCAUCCAGACAUCAGACUGGAACGGGAACAAGGUUUACACCUGUAAAGUGUCUUUGGGUUCUCAGACUGCAGAGAAAACCAUCAACAAGUCAGAAUGUCCUGCUGAAGAAUAGCAGAAGAUCUUAAUCAUCAUUUAUAAUCUGCUUUUUAUUCAGUUUAUUCUUUACAAGACUUAGAAAACUUGCUUCUCUGUUCAGUGUGCUUGACAACUAUUGUUCUCUUGGCUUUCUUUUUCAUUAAUAAACUGUGGAAAUGUGA